CCGUGUGCGAUACAUGCAUGAAAAGUAGUUACAACUGCUUCUGGAGAGAACCUGGGACCAGGUUUACCGACUAUAAGGUCAAGCUGAUACGUAGCAGCAGUCCGGCGGGUACGAUUCUACAGCCAAACCCGUUAUCGAGUGACAACAUCUUGUCUACACAGUACCAUAUUUCCGAUGAGGAGAACGAUGAUCCAAUGCUGGCCAACAAUUGGACAGAGGAUGACAGUAACCUGCUUGAAGAGGAUUCCUUGAUCACAGUUGCGCAGAAAGCAGUAUCCAUCACUAACGCAUAUAUGAACUCUAAAGAGGUUCAGCCGGUGCCCAAUGAGGAGGAAGUGGACAGAAUAAAAGUAAAGCAGGAGGAUCUGGAGGCCGCCCUAGAUGGAUCCAAAGAUGGACACCCUCGCAAUGUGGACAAAACAAAGGAAAAUGAAAGAGGAGAGCAAGAACACGAGAACGACGAAGAGGAGAACAACGAUUCUGAGGAUGAGCAGAGUGUAGCCUCUCGUCACAAAAAAGACGAUGAUUCAGAAGAAGAAGAGGAUAACGGAAGCAGCAAUGGAAAUAACAACGGAACUUCGAACGUUUCGAGUGAGGAUUCUUCUGGCAAGGACACCCAUAACGACGAAAGUACCAAUUCUGAUGAUGGCGAUGGAUCAUCUCAACACAGAAAUACAGCUAUCGAUUCAACACAAGAUCUCGAUACCUUGAAGCUCCUUAAAUUCAAAACUUUACUAGAUAUUGACCAAACAGAUAACCUCAUAAUCAACGAGGGAACUUUGAUCAACAUGCCAUCAAAAAAAACUACAAAUAGGGGUUCAAACUGGUAUACGAGGUUUUUGAGCUCCACUCCCGAUACCUUUGAUGAUGACUCAGGCAGUGCAAAGCGACCAUUAUCUUCAGCUAUCGCUAACGAAACGUCAGCUUCGUUAGAAUCACUAAACAACCAUCAGAACAUAGAUUUGCUUUCUCCUGCAUACUUUUUGUCUCAUAUAACCAACCAAAGGCUGCAGCAGAGAAGCCAGACUCCUACGGUGCAACCCCCAUUUAAUGAUAAGGAAGCUGAGCACGAAUAUUUGCUGAACCCCACAGAAACUCAAUCAAAAGCACUUGUUACUGCACGCAGAAUGCAGAAAAAAUAUCACAGCACUUCCCGUCAGUCAGCCAGUAAAAAGAAAAACAUGAAGAAGAUUAGCAAAGAGAUGGGUGCCAAGCUGUUGCUUGAUGCGAUAUCGAAGUCGAGGAAGACCUACGAUAGAUGCAAAUUAUACCAAGACGGUCGUAGAAAGCUUCAAUCAAAUAAAACCCAUGUGAACUUAUCCGAGUUACCGUCUUACAUCACACAGUUUAUGAAACAAUCAUAGCUAUCUUCUUCUUGACCUGCCCCCUA